ACGACGGCGACGAGAAAGAAAGAAAGAGCAGACAUAAAGAAAGCAGCAAAGACAAGACAAGACACCCACCACUCCACGGCUUAUCGGCGUCUUUCCGGCCCCACACCCAUUCGGAUCUUGGCACGGGGAGCGAAAACAUUUUCGGCGCGGCGAGACGAGACACCACAAGCGAGCGGCGACACGUUGCAUUCUCCACAUUAUAGUGACAGCGACAGCGACGACAACAGCCAGCGAUAACGAUGAGCAGCAGCACAACACCACUACCAUCAACAACAAGCGGGGUCACGCCGCCGCCGCCAGAACCACAAGGCGCAGCGACGGCACCCAGCCCACCCACAUCGCCACCAGCCUCCAGGCCGCACACACCAGACGACACCGAGCUCCCGCCACUACCGACCAUCCGCGGCAAAGCGACGGUCAAGCGCGGCUCGUCCUUCUCCGGCCCGGGCGCACGGCCGCGCGCAGCGUCCGCCAGCCGCGUGGCACCGCCAGUAGCGGGAGACUCGGCGGUGGCAGAUGACGACGACGAAGACGACGACAACAAGGAGAUCGCGCCCCUGCCCGAUGUCCACCGCUCGCGGUCGAUGCGGGCGUCGUUCGGCGCUGGCGGGAAAGACGCACGGCCGCGCGCUUUCAGCUCCGGCGCAGCGGGCGCAGCGACGACGGUGCGCAAGCGCGCCGCCAGCGCCGCGGGCCAGCCAGCAGCCGGCACAACAGCGGGCGACGGCGUGCCCCCCGCCGGCGCCUCGUCGCCGCCGACCGCGUUCGCCGCGCUCGGACCCACCGUGUCCCGCAUGUCGUCCAUGUCGGCGCGCACGUUCGUCGACCCCGUCGCGCUGGUCUCGAUGCCGACGCUGACGCGGGAGGAGACGCGGACGAUGCGGCGCGCGCGGGCACGCGCGGGCACGGUGACAACGAUGGCGUCGCUCGCGCGCAUGGUCAGCUCGCAGACGGUCGACGAGAAGCCUAAAGGCGGAGAAGAGGAGGAGGGCGUCGAGGAGCUCGUCGCGGUGCAGAUCACCGACGACGGCGAGGAGAUUGUCUACCCCGACGGGGGGGUCGAGGCCUGGUCGUGCCUCUUUGGCGGCGUCUGCGCGGCGCUGUGCGCUUUCGGGCUGGCUGCGAGCGUCGGCGCAUUCCAGUCAUACUACCGCGAGAACCUGUUGGAGGAGUAUCCUUCCUCGACCAUCGCGUGGAUCGGCUCGGCGCAAGCGGCCGUCUGCUUCGGCCUGUGUAUCUUCACUGGACCCCUGUUCGACCGGUACGGCUGCCGCCCCCUCCUGGCGACGGGCACGCUGCUCCUCGUGCUCGCGUUCUGCAUGCUGUCCCUCUCGACAAAGUACUACCAGAUCUUCCUGUGCCACGCUACGCUGAUGGCGCUGGGCGCGGACCUGAUGUUUAUCGUCCCCAUGGGCGCCGUCGGCCAGUGGUUCUUCCUCAAGCGCGGCCUCGCGUUCGGCAUCCUCAUGACCGGCUCGUCGGCCGGCGCGAUCAUCUGGCCGGCCAUCAUCGCCAACCUGCCGCAGAAGAUCGGGUGGGGGUGGACCAUGCGGCUCAUCGCGCUGCUGAUGGGCAUCCUCGGUAUUCUGGCCACGACGUUCGUCAAGACGCGUCUGCCGCCCCGCCCGCCGGGGCCAUUCUUCCACCUCAGCGAGUUCAAGAACCCCGCUUAUGCGUUCGUCGCGGCGUCGUUCCCGUUCCUCGUGUUUGGAUUCUUCUCCUUCCUCACUUUCAUCGGGACGUAUGGGUCCCUUGCGGGCCUGGGCGACUUUAGCCCGUACCUCCUCAUGAUCACCAACGGGUCGUCCGGUAUCGGCCGCCUCGUGUUCGGAUUCUCCGCCGACCUCGUCGGCACGUUCAACGUGGCCAUUGUCGGCAUCUACUCGAUGUCGAUCCUCACCUUCGGCUGGCUGGGCAUGAAGACGGCCCCACCGCUCAUCGCCCUCUGCGUGCUCUACGGCUUCGUGAGCGGUGCACCCGUGUCGGUGCAGGGCCCAAUGGUCACUGCCUCCGCCACGGACCCGCGCCUGGCCGGCACGCUCAUCGGCCAGGCGCUCAUGGUGCAGAGUAUCGCCCAGCUGUCGGGCCCGCCGAUCUUCGGCGCAAUCGUCGGCGCUGGAUCGCCCGCCCAGCAGUUCGCAAACUUCCCCAAAGCUAUCGCGUUUGGAGGCUGCAUGCUCUUCAUUUCUGGAACUUUGGUCCUCGCCGCAAGGCUGUACAAGACCAAGAAGCUCUUUGCCAUUAUUUAGUAGACGACGGUAGACAUAUCUAGUAGAUCGAGGCGCGACGCGUGUACGAGAAUGGCGAGGGACACUACUACUGCUACUAUCUUGUUA